AUGUCAAAACUAAUUUCAGUUUUUGGGGGUACUGGUCAACAAGGUGGAGCAGUGGUUAAAGCAUUAUUAAACGAUGGUUUUAAAGUAAGAACAUUCACAAGAAAUACAGAAUCAGAAACUGCAAAAAAAUUAAAAGAUUGUGGAGUAGAAGUUAUAAAAUGUGAUGAAUCAAAACCAAAAGAGGAGAUUGAAAAAGCACUUAAAGAUAGUUAUGGAGUUUUUUUGGUUACAAAUUCAUCUGGGUAUCCAGACAAAGAAACUGAAUAUGGGUGUAAGGUUGCGGAUGCUGCACUUUUAAGUGGUGUUCAACAUUUUGUUUUCAGUACAUUACCUGACCCAAGAGAACUUUCAAAUGGAAAAUACAAUGAUUUUAUAGAUUUCAAUAGUAAAGUAGACAUAGAAAAAUAUAUUAGAAAUCUAUCUAAACAAAAUAGUCAUUUUAUAUCAUCGUUUGUAUCUGCACCAAUGUACUUUCAAAAUUUUAAAACUUAUUUCCCAUUGCAAAAACAUACAGACUCCAAAGAUGGAUCAACCUAUUACUCAUUAGAUUUACCAGGUAAACCAGAUUUAAAACUCGACCAUGGCGAUAUCAAUGAUCUAGGUCCCCUUGUAUCCGAACAAUUUAAAAACCCAACCAAAUAUUCAGGUCAAGUUAUACCACUUUCAGCUCAGGAGUUAACAGGUCCCGAAUUAACAGAUACAUUUACAAAAGUAUUGGGUAAAAAAGUUGUUUACAACUAUGUUCCAUCCAAAGAAUAUGCAAAAUCAAAUGUUUAUGUAGAGGCACCCUAUAUCGCUCAUCUUUAUGAUUAUUUCAGUGAAAAUCCAUAUUUUGGCCAUUUUGAUAACACCAUCUCUAAAAAAAUUUUAAAAUUAACAACAUUUGAAGAAUUUUUAAAAAAAUCAAAUUUUCAACUUGAUUAA